CACAAAGAUGCACGGCGCUUCACCAUGGAGCGCAGCAACGCGGCCCUGAUGUGGCUACUGCAGCUGACUCACAACGCAUCAACCUCUGGCGGCUGGGUUUACUUCGGUGAAGCAUGCAACUCCUCAUGCACAUGCACGUUCUUGAGACUCUAGGGAGCGAAGGGCGUGCCGGCCAUCGCCAACGGUGGCACUCCGCGGCCGAGAUGAGUGAGCUCUAAGGAUGGUUGUGGCUGAGGGUAAUACAAAGGGCGUUCUGCGACGCAGCCGUGAGCGCUUCUAUUGAUACAGUGAACAUUACGUUGAGUGUGCCGCGGCUUCGUUGUGAACGCGAGGAUGAACUUAAUACUAGCAGAGAUGUGGAGGACUCCACAACAAAACGAAACUGCAGAAAGACUGGCUGAAACGGCGGCUCGAAAUACGCGGCUGGAGUACUCUCCAGGCAUGUCGAGUGCUUCCGCGCCAUGUUGCGGCCAGACUUGGUCCGAUCCAAAAGUUCCCCAUCUGUGUCAGCUCGCCAAGGAUUCGUCCAUGCCGCACGGGAGCGCCACGUCGUCCACGGGCAAGAAGCUGGACAAACCAUCGGCUCCUCCGAAGCCAUCGCCAAGCAGCGCGGUAACGCCUGCUCCUUCCGCCAGUGUAGUCGCUGGCAGUACCAGCAGCGUAUCCAGACGUGGCGGAGAGUCCGAAAACAUCCAAGUGUUUAUUCGCAUUCGUCCGCUCAUCGACCGGGAAACUGGCCCCGACCCUGCUGCCCAGCACUUCAUCCGCACCACGGGCGACCAGACCAUCGAGGUACAAACUGCCGACUCCAACAUCAAGUGCAAGUACGACGCGGUGUUUGGUCCGUCCGCAUCUCAGGACGACGUGUAUGAUCGCGUGAAAGAAUGUACGGAAUCGUUCCUGGACGGAUUCAACGCGACUUUGUUCGCGUACGGCCAAACUGGCAGCGGCAAGUCGUUUACCAUGUUUGGCGCCGAGACAGACUUGUCUCGGUUUCGCCCGGGGCUGGCCAAGAGCCAGGCGGGGGUCAUUCCCCGAGCGAUCAAGGACAUCUUUGCUGGCGUCAUCAAGAAGAACGCGAGCGGAGCACAACAAGCGGCCGUCUAUUGUUCGUUUGUUCAAAUCUACAACGAAAACAUCUACGACUUGCUGCGCGAUGGCAACAUGGACAAACCCCUCGCGAUCCACGAAGACCACGUGAACGGAAUCUUUGUGGAAGGGCUGUCCGAGUACGCCGUGCAGAACGUUCACGACUGUCUCGCGCUCCUCCAAGCGGGCGAGGACCAUCGCGCCGUCCGAGCCACUCACAUGAACCACGUGAGUUCGCGAAGCCACAGCGCGUUCCAGCUCUUCCUCGAGGUGAAGAAAACCGACGGCACCACGAUCAAGUCGAAAUUCAACCUGGUCGACUUGGCCGGGUCGGAGAAAUGGCACGCCGACGCCAACAUGCAGUACUUUCACAUAUCGGAGAUGACCAACAUCAACCUCAGUCUCCACACGCUUGGGCGGUGCAUCGCGUCCCUUACAACCAAGAACAACGGCCAUGUGCCAUAUCGUGACUCGAAGCUCACGCGGUUGUUGCAAGAUAGUCUUGGCGGCAACACAAAGACCCGCAUCAUCGCGACCCUGUCCCCCUCCUUGGAUUGCAUCGAUGAGUCCGUGUCCACUCUGAAGUUCGCCGACCGGGCCAAGCAGGUCAUGGUAUGCGUGCGAGUCAACGAGCAGCGCGAAAUCGACCCGGCGUACGUCGAAAAGCUCGAGCACGAGAUCGAAUCCCUUCGUGCUAUCGUGGCCGCGUUUGAGGUGGCGAACGGAACCCUCGGGACUGCCGGGUCAGCUACGAGCGGACAGAGCGACACAGCCCGCGAAUCCACUCUGGUUCGACUGCUCAAAGAAAACGCUGACAUGAAAGAAGCGAAUGCAAAACUGAGGCGGCAGCUGGACGAGGGCGGUGGCCGACCGGCACGACCCCCACAAUCAACCGACAACAAUACGAGCGCGCCACCGUCCGGGAAUAACCAAGACGAUCAAGGUUAUCGCCAACAAGCACAGACCCUGGAAGGGGUGCUUUGGCGCCUCAAGGAAGCUUCUGAUCGAUUCUUCAAGUUUGAAAUCGAAGAAGACGAACUCAAAUCAAUCAUGGACUUGUCGUUCAAGUCGCUUCCAACGGCGUCAUCCAAAGGCAAUGCAACCGCUCCAUGUAUGCCCCGUCCGUCCGCUCUGGGGGCGUCACGGCCCCGCACCAAGUGUAUCUCUUCCUGACGAGGUUCUCGGCCGUUGAUGCGUCGACAUUUUUGUAGCUUUGACCCCAAACAAAGUGACGACGGAAGUGUCGUUCCGGGUCCGCGGUAAAUCCUCGAACGCUGACGACAGCGAGACGGCGUGGCAUGUCGAUGCACCACCAAAGCGGACGGAAGAGGACGAAGUCAAAGAGGCCGAGAAAGCGAUGAAGAAACAAAUGAAACUCCAAGCGUGGCUCAUGGAAAAGGAACGACGGGAGCUUGCCAAACUCCAUCAGCAGCAAGAGUACAUUGAGGGCCAACGAAGGGCGCAAGCGGAAAAAGAUGCUCGGUUUUUCAAGCGCGCCCAAGAGACCAAGAAGCGAUUGUCUGGCGGGUGCGAGAUCAACCCUGGACUUGUCUGAUGUUCACGCGCCGUGUGCGGCCGUCUAGAGCGCCCGCCGCAUCCCCGGAAUCGUCGUGAGGCUUAAACGAUUCACUUACUAGCCGUCAUUUCCUUGAACUAAAAACACAAUUCUAUCCGAGUGCGAGCCGCGAAACGGUCGCGAAACGGCUCGAGUUUGCAUCGGUUUCGUCAAAAA